CCGACCAUCCGACCGACUUCACUAGAACGCUCCUUCGAACCAGCGACUCCAUCCCCGAUCACCUUAGAAAACAAUACCUUCUCCCCCACCUUUGACUUUCUCACUAUGGCGACCCCAUCCAUGCCCGCUCGUGGAGAUCGAACGGCCCCGACCUUUGACCCCCAUCAACCCCGCGAAUUGAGACGAUAUUUCUCCGAUCUGGACUUCCACUUCGUUCGGUCUGCGGUAGUGGACGAACAAGAAAGAAAGAAACACGCUUGCCGAUUCCUAGAUGUCGACACCUGUGAGCUUUGGGAAUCGCUCACCACUUUCACCGACGCCACGAAGACCUUCAAGGAGUUCUGCGAAGAGGUCUACAGGCUAUACCCCGGAUCGGAGGAAGAACGCAAAUGGUCGGUAUCGGAUAUGGACAAGCUAGUCGGCGAAACGAGCAGGGUCGGCAUCUUGUCUCUCAGCGAACUCGGCGACUAUCAUCGGCGAUUCCUGGCGAUCACGGUAUUCCUCCUCAGCAAGGCACGGAUCUCGGUCGCCGAACAAGGACGCGCCUUCGCUAGAGGAUUCCAACCGGAGCUAUGGGCAAGAAUCUCUCAACGUCUACAACUCAAGUUCCCCGAUCAUUUCCCAGACGACCCAUACAACCUCCAAGACAUCCACGACGCGGCCCGAUUCGUCUUGCACGGCACCACGUCCGCCUACAGCACGAUCCCUACCGACAUCUCUCGAGCAGCCCCCGCCGCGCCGCCCACCAACGCGAUCAAGGCCGAAGACCUGGCGACCAUGUUCGAACGGCUCACCGACACCUUUGUCAAGGCCAUCACAGCUCAGGGGACGACCAGGCCAGCCGAUCGACCAUCCCGACAGCCAGGACAAGGCGGCGACAACUGCAUGUUCUGCGGCAGUCCCGAACACUUCAUGCGCGCCUGUCCCGAGGUCACCGAAUACAUUCGGAUCGGCAAAUGCAAGAGGAAUAUCGAGGGGAAGGUGGUAUUGUCAAGUGGGGCAUUCGUACCGAGAGAAAUCACGGGUAGUAACCUGAAGGACCGAGUUGACGAAUGGCAUCGCAGGAAUCCAGGCCAGUUGGCGACCGGACAGAUGAUGUUUACGGUAAACGCGGUGCCGACUCACCCAAUGACGAUAGCCUCCCGUCACGAUUCACCCUCAUUGCUGGAUGUCACCCCGACUUACCAACUCACCGACGUCCAGCGAAUCGCGAGCCUCGAACGCGAACUAUUCGCGCUCCGAACGCGGGGCGCAAGGGCACGCGAAAUGGCGCAGGCAGGACGUUCGGCACCUACCCCUUCACCGGCCCCCGAACGACGAGCGAGGACCGAAACUCCCGAACCCGAACCCCGACCGACCACCCCGACUCAGCGACCGCCCCCGGUACCAGCCAAGGACGAUGCUCCGAUCCACCCAUAUGCCAAAGCCCAGGACGCCACCUAUGCACCGCCACACGACCGCAACAUGGGAGCCCCGGCGAAGAUACCAUCGGCAAAGAAGGACGCUCCGGCCUACAAAACCACGGCGCCGAUCUACGACGAGAAGGUAGCAGCUGAGGUCUACAACAGGGCAAUGGCCACUCAGGUGACGCUUACCCAGCGCGAACUACUCUCUCUCUCCGCCGAAGUCCGUUCACAGGUCAGGGAAGCCACGUCGGCACGCCGAUCGCCUGCCAGAGACGCCAGCAAUGUUCGGACCUUCUACCAAGAUGCCGAUCUACCCUAUGCCAUCGACGACCUCGAACCACCGACUCGACCGACCGUCUCCUCCUUCGUCAAUGUCCUGCACCAACCGGAAACACCCCCGCCGGGCGCGAUCAUCAUCCCCGACAUGUACGAAACGUACCUGAAGAAUCUACAGCCCGGUCAGGUUCCUCAGCCAUUGAUAGUUGCUAAAGAAUCGUCUGCCCUAAGGUCUAUUGUUCCCCUCGUCGAUCAUCAGCAGGAAGUCGAAUGCGUCAUCGACCCGGGUUCACAAGUCAUUGCCAUGUCGGAAGGCAUUUGCAACGAACUGGCGCUCAUCUACGACCCCGAAAUCGUCCUCAAUAUGCAGUCGGCGAACGGCGAAAUCGACCGAUCCUUGGGCCUGGCACGCAACGUGCCAUUCCUCAUCGGCGACAUCACCCUGUACCUCCAAGUCCACAUCAUUCGGAACCCCGCCUAUGACGUUCUCCUCGACGAUCACCAUCAGCGACCCGAACACGGGACGACGAGCCACCAUUCCGACGAUCAGACGAGGACCCCCUCGAGUCCUUCACCGAAGACAAGCGGGUUUUCGCGACUCGAUGAAUUGAUCCGAGAUCAAGGAGAAGUUGCACUGAUCAUUUCCACCGAUCAUGAUACCCCCAAUUUCCCACUUAUCGAAGCGUCCUCAGAUUUCCAUUCUCCAUUUCCCUCUCGUCGCGAUCUCUGUCUCAAGUACAUUAUGGCCUCCGAUUUGGGGCCCGAAAAUCAUCUCAAAAACAAUCUCGAUUCCGAUAUGUUGUCCUUAUUCUCCUCAUUCGUUCCCGGUUCUCUCCAUUCCACUAAUAUCGCCGACCCGGUCGCCAUUUUCGCCGCCAAGCGCAAGUACAAACCGGUCGCACAGAAAACACGACCAGUCUUGGCCGACCUCCCCGAACAGUUCCGAAUCGUUCGGAACAUCCUCGGUGACCCUCUCGCUGCCCUUCCGACGCUGACACCGAACCCCCCACCCUUCACGCCGACCGGCAGAUACACAGCCGAACGACGCGACCUCAUCGACAAAGUCCACUCGGACGACUUCCUUUGGCCGGCCGAACGACAGCUCAUGCACCAUUUCAUGUGUCUACAAGAGAUGGGAUUUGCCUGGGACGAUUCGGAACGCGGACGUUUCCGCGAGGAUUUCUUUCCUCCAGUCAAUAUGCCGGUGGUCGAACACAAGCCCUGGGUUCAACGCAACAUUCCGAUUCCACCAGGCAUCUACGACGAAGUGUGCCGACUUAUCAAAACCAAGAUCGCCGCUGGAGUCUAUGAGCCGUCGAAUUCGUCCUACCGAUCGCGCUGGUUUACAGUCGUCAAGAAGACGAAUAGCACCUCCACUGGCACCAAACUCCGAAUCGUUCACAGCCUCGAACCCUUGAACGCCGUCACCAUCCAGCAUUCAGGUGUGCCCCCAUAUACCGAUCAGAUCGCUGAACAGUUUGCAGCUCGCGCUUGUGGCGGCAUUCUGGAUCUCUAUGUCGGCUAUGACGAACGAGGGCUCGCCGAAUCAUCUCGCGACUUCACCACGUUCCAGACCCCAUUCGGCGCCCACCGACUCGUCACCCUGCCCAUGGGAUGGACAAAUUCGGUCCCGAUCUUCCACGACGACGUCACCCACAUCCUCCAGCCA